UUCUAACUGACAGGAUAAACAGUGUUCACAGUUACUUAUUAUGAUGGAGCCUCAGUAGACUUCAUACUUGGUCAUGCACCCAACUGGGAACAUGGAUGCUGGUUUUUCUCGUUCUGCUCUUCAGACCCUGUCAAGAAGCCACUGCAAAAACAUCAAACAAAAAAUUUCUCAGUGGGAAGGAAGAACGAAUGGCGUAUCUAACCCAGAGAGGUGGCAUCCAAAGGACUUUGGAGUGAGGUAUAAUAACUGUCAUCAAGACCUUCUUGGGAAAAGUCCUGUUGCUGAAGGAAAGACCAAAAAGUUGGAUGUAACCAACUCUCAAAAUGUCCAUCUAGAUAUCCAUGCAGAUGCCAAAAGCCAGGACCAAACUGAGGGUGAAAGCGAGAGACGUGAAGAGGAUGGCACACACCUGUUUAGAAAUGAAUCAGAAUCCAGUUGGGUGUGUUCUCAGGUCAAACAGAUUGAAAGCUGCAAAGACGUUUUGGAUGCAGAGACUUCCUUACCUCCAGGAAAUUUCUAUACCUCACAGAUACUGUGGAAGAAAAUAGAGUCACUUCCCCCUGAUAAAGUCUUCAAUUUGGCUUUAGAACAUUGUGACUCUUCAGAAAAAGAACUGAAUUUCCAAGUUCCAGAUGGUUCAUAUGGAAUAACCAAGAGCUUAGAAAACAUUUACUCUGAACCUGAGGGACAAGAAUGUGGACCUUCUAUCAAUCCUUUGCCCAAACCUCGUAGGACGUUCAGAUAUUUAUCUGAGUCUGGUGUUAUGCCAUGUAAAGAAAGAAACUGUGACAGAAAAUACUGUGAAAAUAAUUCUUGUGCAGAGUCUUCUUUGGCCUCUUCUCAGGAACCCGAACCAAAGAAAUAUGGCAGACAAAUCAGAGGGAGAUCUAAAAGGAAAUCCUUUGAAUUUGAGGAUAUUCAGCACUUUCGAAAUCGGAACUCACAGAAGAUUCAUGAAGAACUUGGAAGAAAUUCUGGCUCGGCACUUUAUUAUACACAGUCUGAGGACAAUAUCUAUGAGGAUAUCAUAUAUCCCUCCAAAGAAAAUCCAUAUGAAGAUAUUCCAGUACAGCCUUUGCCCAUGUGGAGAUCCCCUUCGGCCUGGAAACUACCACCCCCUAAAAGUGCUUUCAGAGCACCAAAGCUUCCUCCCAAACCUCAGUUCCUGCACCGGAAGACUAUGGAACUGAAGAGCUCCCAAGCUUUUGUACGGUCAAAGCUCACAAAGGACACCACUCUGCCUGUCACUUUAACGGAAUGGAAGCUUUUCCGAGCCGGAGAAGUUGCAAACGGGAAAAGGAAAAAUCUUCCAAGGCUUGUAUUGAAAAUCGCGGACAUAUUUGAGUCUAAGAGAGGGAAAAAGAGGGUAAAGUUACACCCGUACACUGGAAAAGACGUACCUCCCUCAAAAGGUGAAACCAGUGGGAACGAAAGUGAUGCCGAGUAUCUGCCAAAGAACCGCCACAAGCGCCUCGCCCAGCUGCAGCAGUCUUCCAAGAGGAACCCUCACUACCAGACCCUCGAGAGGGAUCUCAUCGAAUUACAGGAGCAGCAGCUCUUUGAACUUUUCGUGGUGGUGUCUCUCCAGAAGAAGCCGUUGGAGAUAAGCUACGUUCCCCAGGUCAUACAGCAAUUCCCUAGCAAGGGUGAUCAUGGCUUUAAGCAGUCCAAAGACAUGGAAGAGAGGCUCAAAGUUAUUCCCAAGUUUUGUUUUCCUGACUCAAAGGACUGGGUGCCAACCUCAGAACUCAAGAGUGAAACAUUCUCCUUCGUCUUAACUGGUGAAGAUGGGAGCCGCUGGUUUGGUUACUGUAGGAAGCUCUUGCCAGAAGGCAAAGGAAAGCGACUCCCCGAGGUGUACUGCAUGGUUAGCCGCCUCGGCUGCUUCAACCUUUUUUCCAAGAUUCUGGAUGAAGUGGAGAAGAGAAGGGAAAUGUCUCCGGCCCUGGUGCACCCUUUCAUGCGGAGUGUCAUGGAAUCCCCCUUCCCAGCUCCGGGACGCACCAUCACAGUCAAGAGCUACCUCCCUGGGGCUGGCGAUGGGUCAAUUGAACUCUGCCGACCCCUGGAUUCUCGACUAGAACACGUUGACUUUGAAUGUCUCUUUAAGUGCCUGAGUGUAUGCCAUCUCAUCCGGGUCUGUGCCUCCCUCCUUUUGGAACGGAGGGUAAUCUUUGUUGCCAACAGCCUAAGCACCCUGUCAAAAUGUGGCCACGCUGUGGUUGCCACAUUAUAUCCGUUCACUUGGCAGCAUACCUACAUCCCGGUGCUGCCAGCAUCCAUGAUUGACAUUGUGUGCUCACCCACUCCGUUCCUCAUCGGCAUCCUGUCUUGCUCCCUGCCACAGCUCCAGGACCUCCCCAUUGAAGAGGUGCUGAUAGUUGAUCUCUGUGCAGACAAGUUCUUACAGGAGGUAUCUGAUGAGGACGAAAUUCUACCUCCUAAACUCCAAGCUGCCUUGAUGCAGAUUUUGGAAGAACGAAACGAAAUCUUGGCCCAGGAGCAGUAUUUUUCACAAGACGUGACACUCAACUCUUUGGUGUCCGAGGCAUUUGUGAGGUUUUUUGUGGAGCUAGUGGGACAUUAUUCUUUAAGCAUGACCGUCACUGAGCGUGGUGAGCGUGUAUUCCAAAGGGAACCAUUCCGUAAAUCCCACACCUCCCGAAGUGUACGUCACUUCCUGGACCUCUUCAUGGAAACUCAGAUGUUUGCAGGCUUCAUCCAGGACCGAGAGCUUCGGAAAAGUGGGGUGAAAGGUUUGUUUGAGGUCCGGGCCCUCCAGUAUUUGGAAACAAUUCCAGAGUCUGAGCCCAGUGGGAUGAAUAGAAUUUUGCGGAGUCUUGGAAGUAAAAUGAAGUUUCUGCAGAAGAAGUGAAAUCUUUGAUAGACUGUCUCCAUCCUAAAUAGAACAGAAAGUGCCAAAGAAAAUAUUUUUCCAAGAGUCAGGAGGUCCUGAAGUAGCCUAUGAAAUCCUGGAAAGUUGAAAAGGUUACAAAGUGGGCCAGGUCCUUGGAGGAGGAUUCUCCUGCUGCUGCUGUAGCGAUCACUGGAGAGUUGUCAGGAGGAGUCUGGAACCAAUGUUCUCAUUGGUCUGCCUAUUUUUUUCCCCAGUGGUCGUUUCUAUUUAAAUUUUGGGGCUCAGUCUUUGUGUUAUGUGCUUAGUCUGUGAAGGCUCUUAUCUUUUACUAGGAAAGGAUUCGGUGUUGCAUUUGAAAAAACUCAAAGAGGAGGGGCACCUGGCUCAAAAUAAAUAAAUAAAUAAACAGCUCAAAGAUGAGCACAAUGAGAGAAAUUCUGAGUUUAAGGUACCGGGGAACAUGAUGAAAGUGCAGAGUAUGCCGUACACACAUAAUUCUCAUCACUGAAAUACCAUGGCAGCUUGAAACCUGUGGGCUGUUUGAGCUGAGCCAAGGAAUAUAGUCCUCCAGUGGCUCCAGUCCAACAUUUUGUCUGGGGGAUGGCACUUCUGUGGAAGCAUUAUUUGUUAACACUGUUGUUGAGGAUCUCAUACUGGGAGAUACCUUGCAGCUUCUCCUCCACAUCGCGUGGCAUGUGAGUAGCCUGUCCACACGAAACUUUGUGGAAUUCCAGCAGGAAAACAUCCUUGCAAGGGCAUGAUGGUACAUGUAUGUCAGGUUAUUUCAGUCUUUAAGUCAACCUCAUGAGAUACUCGUUGCAUCUACCAUUUGACUAAUGAAGAAACUGGACUUCAGAGAGGUGAAGUAACUUGCCCAGAGUUCUACAACGAAGCCAGAACUGAAGCCAGGACUACUCAUUUGUGAACACAGACAAAGUUGGUUAGUCUUGCAGAUGGAAAUUUGAACUCUUUGGGCCGACAGCUAUGUAAAAAAGGUUUUUGUGUUUUGUUUUGUUUUUUAAGCUCAGACCCAACUCUCAGCUCUAAGACUUCAAAUCAUAGGUGCCUAAAGGAGACUCUUUUUUGGUUCCCCUACAAUUGUUGGGCUUUUUUGCCCUAAUUAAAUUGGACUCAAGACUAUGAAUAUUUCCUGGGCACUCACCACACAAUUACCCCAACCCUUACUAUCUAAAAUAGUAGUAGGAAUUUGUUAGUGAUGGUGUAAUUUUCAGUGAUAAAUGUUAGAGAAGUCAGUUUGUUUUCUUCAAUUCCUGAUGAUGGGUUUAACUGGCAUAAAAAUAUUUAUUCGAACUUAACAAAACCUUGAGAGUUGUAUUAUGAUACAGUUUAUUGACUUGUACAGUGUUGUCAUUACAACCCAUUCCGGUGCACACGAUGAAUCUGAAGCAGAUACCAUUUAAAGCUGGUGCUAUAUAAUAAUUCUUAUGGCUCUAGAAAAUAGAACUGAGCCAGUAUCUUUUUAAAAAUGUUUAUUAAGCAGCUUACCCCAGUGGGGCUCUUAGCAGACAUCUCUCCAUUUGCCACUCCAACCCUGAGAGGAAAAUCAGUAAUUGGGAAUUGUUUCUAAAAUAGUUUAGGAGGUAUUAGUGGCGAACACCGACCGUCCCUCUGUGAGGAGACCUUUGCUUCAGGGAUGGAGGUUUUAUUUUAUCCCUGUGACCUGAAGCUACUUCCUUUUCUUAGGUCUGUUUUAUUUUGUUUUUGUAAAGUAUUACGAAUUCUGGAUAUAUUUGUAAGAGUUGCUCAAGAUUUGUAUAAAAUGCUGUUUAUAGAUCUUUUAAUGAAUAAACAAAA